AUGGAGGAUCAAAAGCAGUCAAGUUUCAUGUUUGAGAUAGAUAACUUUUCCGAGAAGGAAGCUGUGAUACAAUCACCAACAUUCUCAAGUGGCGGCUGCGAAUGGUUUGUUGAGGUUUAUCCCAAAGGAGACAAUGUUGAUGAUCACUUGUCUCUGUAUCUCUGCGUUCCGAAUCUUGAAUCAUUGCGACUUGGAUGGAAGAGGCGAGCUAGUUACUCCUUUGCUCUAUUGAAUCAUUCAGGGGAAAAAGUCUACAGAAUAACAUGUGAUGUGCCAAGCCACUUGUUCUGCAAUCAGUUCUCAGAAUGGGGUUGGGCAGAGGCCGCACCUCUUAAAAUACUUCAAGAAAAAGGGUUUCUCGAGAAGAACAAACUCAUUGUUAAAGUGGAAGUAGAAGUACUUGAAGUUGUUGAUGAAGAAGAUGUCACUGGUAAUGAGACCUUAGAUCUCUAUGGUUUCCAAGUUCCUUAUUCUCAGGUUGUUACAGUGAGUAACCUAUUCGUGAAACAUCCGGACGUUGCAGCGAGUUUCAAACCAAAAGACCAAUUGGUGAAGACAGCUUACAUGAAUCAACUCCUCGGUCUCAUGGAGACACUGAACAAGCCUCAGCAAAGCAUCACCGACACUGAGCUAAGCAACGCUGGGAGCGAGUUGGUGAAGCUAACGGAAACAGCGGGUUUCAAGCUAGACUGGUUGAAGACAAAGCUUGAUGAGCUUUCCUUGGAGAGGAAGAAAGCUAGUUUCGAUGCCAUGUAUGCUUCUUUAAGUGCUAGACUUUUGGUGAUGGAGAAGACAUUGUCGGAGAUCAAAAGAUUCAAAGAGAUGCAGAAGAAGAGGAAGAGAAAUUAA